UGUGGGCGGUUGGCGGAGGCAGCGCCCGGCCCGGUCGCCCGCUCGCGCUCCGCUCCGUGUGUUGUGGCGCGGCCGCGCGUCCGCCCCGCAGGCCCCGCGCCGUCGCCAGCUGCGGGCUCCGAGCCGCUAUGGCCAACAACAGCCCCGCCGUGGGCGCCGGGAACUGCCAGGGGCAGCAGGCGGCCCAGCACCAGCCCGGCGCCGUCCCGCCGGCCCAGCAGCAGCUGCAGAGCGGAGCCCCCAAGCCGGCGGCCUCCGGCAAGCAGGGCAACGUGCUGCCGCUCUGGGGCAACGAGAAGACCAUGAACCUGAACCCCAUGAUCCUCACCAACAUCCUCUCGUCGCCUUACUUCAAGGUGCAGCUCUACGAACUCAAGACUUACCAUGAAGUGGUAGACGAGAUCUACUUUAAGGUUACACACGUUGAACCAUGGGAAAAGGGGAGCAGAAAAACAGCAGGCCAGACAGGGAUGUGUGGAGGGGUGCGUGGUGUUGGAACUGGAGGGAUUGUGUCUACUGCCUUUUGUCUGCUCUACAAAUUAUUUACACUGAAGCUCACUCGUAAGCAAGUGAUGGGCCUUAUAACUCAUACAGAUUCUCCAUAUAUUAGGGCUCUUGGAUUUAUGUAUAUUAGGUACACACAGCCACCUACAGAUCUAUGGGACUGGUUUGAAUCUUUCCUUGAUGAUGAAGAGGACCUGGAUGUGAAGGCAGGUGGGGGUUGCGUUAUGACCAUCGGGGAGAUGCUUCGUUCCUUCCUCACUAAGCUUGAAUGGUUUUCCACAUUGUUUCCAAGAAUUCCUGUGCCAGUCCAGAAAACCAUUGACCAGCAAAUUAAAAGCAGACCUAGAAAAAUCAAGAAAGAUGGCAAGGAAGGAAUGGAAGAAAUAGACCGGCAUGUGGAACGUAGACGUUCAAGGUCGCCAAGACGAUCCAUCAGUCCCAGGAGGUCUCCCAGAAGAUCCAGAAGCAGAAGUCAUCAUCGGGAAGGCCAUGGAUCAUCUAGUUUUGACAGAGAGCUAGAAAGGGAAAGAGAACGGCAGAGAUUAGAACGUGAAGCUAAGGAGAGAGAAAAAGAAAGGCGGAGAUCUCGAAGUACCGAUCGCACGCUGGAACGGAGGCGAAGCAGAAGCAGGGACAGAUACAGAAGCCGCAGUAGGAGUCGUGACAGGAAAGGAGACAGGAGAGACAGGGAUAGGGAGCGAGAGAAAGAAAAUGAACGAAGCAGGAAAAAGGAGAGAGAUUAUGAUAAGGAAAGAGGUAGUGAGCGGGAAAAGGAUCGAUCCAGAGAAAGGUCAAAAGAAAGGAAAAGUAAGAGUGAUGUAGAGGAGAGGAGACACAAGGAUGACAAGGAUGACAAGAAACAUCGGGAUGACAAGAGGGAUUCCAAAAAAGAGAGAAAACAUAGUAGAAGUCGAAGCCGGGAAAGGAAGCAUAGGAGUAGGAGCCGAAGUAAGAACACAGGUAAGCGCAGCAGAAGCAGGAGCAAAGAGAAGUCAAGCAAACAUAAAAAUGAAAGUAAAGAGAAGUCAAAUAAACGAAGUAGGAGUGGAAGCAGAGGAAGAACAGAUAGUGUUGAGAAGUCCAGGAAACGAGAUCAGAGUCCCAGCAAAGAGAAGCCGAGGAAGCGGAGCAGGAGCAAAGAGCGUUCGCACAAACACGAUCACAGCGACAGCAAGGAGCAGCCCGACAGACAGGAACGUCGCAGGAGCCAAAGCACAGAACGAGAGAGCCAAGAGAAGCAAGAGAAAAACAAAGAUGAGACUGUCUGAACUCUUUCAGAAGUGGAUCACAUUGAAUCCUAUAAAUGUUUGAUUAAAUCCUGCUUAUUUUUUCUUAAAGUUGAGAUUGUGCAGUAGUUGAUGAGCACUCUUCUCCAACCUCCCUCUAGGCUGCAGAUUGUCAUUUCCUAUUCUGGGUAGGGAAGUGCCUUUGUAAACCCAUCCAAUGCAUUGACGGUUUCAAACCAUUUGUUUAGUUUAAUUCGUAAUGCAGAGAUUGUUCUUGCAUUUUUAUUGUUCAGAUGUUUCUGAAAUGUACAGUCUGUACAUAAUGUCCUGAAAAUGUUUUAAUUCUUUUGGCAUGGCUGCCAACGUUGGUUCAAUUUGUAUGAGGCAAUAAACUGCCACUAAUUCUACUUUUGUUUUGUAGAUGUGGAAUUAUGGUUUGUACCCUGAAGUUAGCAUGGCUGUGCUUUACAUGGUAGUAUGGCUUUUAGGGGCGGAUCUUGGACGUGUAUUAUAGCUGAGAUAUUUAUGUGCAUACAAUGGACACUGAGGGGUGCAGAUUUAGAACUUUGUCCGCUGUACCUGCUGUUUCUUCAAAAGCUUUUUAAAAAAUGUAUUAUGUUGUCGAUCAUCACUGGUGUUAAAUGGAGAGUGGGCAUGCGAGGAGAUGGUUUUGAUGCAAAGCUUUAGCUUAUGUUGGGGUGUGUUAGUAAUUCUUUUGGAAGGCUACCUCAAGCAAGGCUACACCGCAAAGGUUGGCAGGUGAGCACCGGAGCCAUCUAUGCAUUAUAGUGGUUGGAAAGAAACCCAUGGAAGCUCUUUUGGUUUUUUUGCUAAAACCACACAGUUUACCCAUUUGUGGUCUUCUAAAUGUUUUUUAACUAGCAGCUGCACUCUCAUUUAUUAUAAUCCUGGGCUAAGAAAGGCAUUUAAGAUCAGAAGAGGGAGGUAGGAAGAACAAAAUUAUUACAAAGGGUUUCAGUUUCAAGCUUCCAAAGCAUUUUUAUAAGUGUAAACAAUUACAAUAAGAAUUACCCAAUAGCGUCCUUUUUUUAAGUCAUAUUUUCUACAACUUGUAAGGAUUGCAGUUUGUGCUGUACAUCUCAUGUGGCAGACUUUUUUUUUUUUUUAAACAGGUCGUUAGAAGCAAAAACCAAAAUGCAUUAUAGAAAAAAAAGGUAUCAUCGGAGUCCAAGUCUAUUUGAUAGAUUAUUCUGAUUACUUGUAUACAACAUGAGGAGAACCAUCUGGAAUAAACUCUCAAUUAUUUCCUUUGUA